AUGUUCGCCAAGGAGUUUGGCGUCGAUGAAGUCCCUGGCACACAUCCAGGACACGAUUCUUUCAGCUUGGAAAGGCCGUUCAUCAACCAGAGAUUCGAUUUCGUCAUCUGCGAUGGCCAAGUCUUACGAACACACAAGCGACCUAAAUACCGGGAGCGAACCGAAGCAAGCCGACUCACAAGCUCACAGCUAAUUUUAGCGUUGCAGCGCAUCCGACAUGGAGGGACAUUAGUCAUACUAUUGCACAAGAUCGAGGCGUUGGAUACCAUGGAGCUUCUAUAUCUAUUCUCCCAGUUUUCCGACAUCGAAAAUGUUCAGCCGAGUGUAGAAUCUGCAAGAGUGGCAGUCAUUGCUUGGAAGAAGGCUUGGUGGAAUGCAACCUUUGGUGGGGAGCAGGGUGUAGGUGCACAGAGACUCGAUAAGGAUGAUAAAUAUGCACAGGCAAUCAUUGACUCUUUCAGCGAUAGGUUUACUACGCUUGCUAGACCAGUCUGGAAGAUUCAGGCAGACGCUUUGAGUAGAACAGACUUCACUCAGUAA